ACACGGACACGGUCAGACCUUUGAAGACAGAGGGCUACGGCAUCCAUACGGCGCAUCCUUCAUCAACUCUUCAGCACGCUGAGAAGGACUUAAGAACCCACUCGCAUUCCGCUAUCGGGUUUAUUUUGGUCGGUCCCAGACAAAGUUAUACAUUAGAAGAUGUUGCCUGCAACCUUCAAGCUGUGUGCUGGCAUCUCUUACCGCCACACAAGGAACAUGACAGGUCUGAGGAAGAACGCUCUCGCUGCCAUCCACCAUGAACUCAACAGAAGGGCCGGCCCCGGCUCUGGCAACUGGAUCAAUCAGGUCCGCCGGCGGAGCUCAUUCCUCAGCUCCAGGAUCGAGGAGGCGGAGGAGUACAGCCCGGAGGAGGUGACCUACGUGAGGCAGGGGGAGAGCGCCCUGCAGGAGGCCAUCAGCAUCCUGGGGGAGCAGGAAGGCUGGACCGUGGAGACCGUCGCAUCGAACGGGGACAGGGUUCUGAGCAAGGUGGUGGCGGGCGUGGGGAAGGUGUUCAAGCUGGAGGUGGUGGUGGACCAGCCUUUGGAGACCCUUUACGGGGAGCUGGUGGGCAACAUGGAACAGAUGGGAGACUGGAACCCCAACGUCAAGCAGGUCAAGAUCCUGCAGAAGAUCGGCGCCGACACCAUGGUCACCCACGAGGUGUCCGGGGACACGCCCGGGAACGUCGUGGGGCCCCGGGACUUUGUCAGCGUCCGCUGUGCCAAGCGGCGCGGCUCCACCUGCUUCCUCGCCGGGAAGUCCACCCAGCACCCCGGGAUGCCCGAGCAAAAGGGGGUGGUGAGAGCGGAGAACGGCCCCACCUGUAUAGUGUUGAAGCCCGAUGCUGCAGACCCCAAUCGGACAAAGUUCACCUGGUUAUUGAGCAUAGAUCUCAAGGGCUGGAUCCCGAAGACCAUCAUAAAUAGAGUGCUCUCUCAGACGCAGGUGGACUUUGCCAACCACCUCAGACAGAGGAUGGCUAGCAAUGUGUCUUUGGAGAUGGCGCCCGCAUGCUAACUUAACUGCUUACCCUAAGUAACGGCUGCAUGACUACAAGUCGGGAACAUCAUACUAAACUGCAACACCCUGUCACAACUACUGACCUGGAAGGAAUCCACACAGAGACUGGCAAGAAUUCAUAUGAAUCGCGCUUGUUUAAGAUCUUUGGACAAUCUUAACCCUUUGACGAUCGACUGCCCACAUAUAGGCACACGUAAUUUAUUCAUGAUUUCUUCUUUAUUAAUAUCCAGAAAGAUUUGAAUUGAAUAGGGAAAUUGUAAUGUUACCUUUAAUUUAAAAGAGAAUCAUUAAUUUACUUAUUGCACCAAACAGCUCUAGCUGAAUACAAAGAAAAAAGAGGAAGGCACAUGAAUCAACAAUAUUAUGUAAAUGUGCCUUGUCUUUAAUCCUUUCCUCUAUUGUUGCCAAUGUUUUUAUGCUUACCGAAAAUGUUCCGAUCUUUUCUCUUGUGAUAACAUCUGAAAUAAUUGUCUCCCCCUACAUUGUAAAAUAGCACUUUUGUUAGAAUAUUGUAUUUAUUGCAGUAAUGGUAUUGCAUAACGUUUGUAGACUGCCAAGCAAAUAAAGAGUUGUCAUUGGAA